UCCAUCACUUCAAUUAUUUUGGUCAGUGAUUAAAGAAAUAGAAAGAAAGAAGCAUCCGAUUAUGUUUAUGUCAAAUAACAGUUCAAGUUGGGUUUCAUUUUUAUUCUUCUUGUACCUGAUGGUGCAGUUCUUUUCUCCUAAUGUUCGUGAAAGGAGUUGACUUGUCAUUCUCAUUUUGUCAGCAAUGAUGUUGCAAUGCCAUGACUGACAAUAUUUGUGCUUAGAGCCUAGAACCCAGUCAUGCACAUCUCUAAUUUUCACAAAUAUAAAAGCACAGGAUCUUUCACUUAAGAACAUCAAAAGUUUGAGACGGAGAGUAAAAGAGAGAUCGGUUAUGGCAAUUUUGGUGUCCAUUUUGUCUAGAGUUGCCUUUCCACCUCCAGUGACUUGCUUGCUUGUUAGAGUAAUGUCUGUGGCCUUUCUAUUAUUUUCAGUUACUGGGGUAUUUGAAGGUUUAGGAAAGAACUUUCAGUACUCUAAGUUCUUUAACUUGAACGUUCACAAAUCUACAAGCAAGCAAAUCAGACUGUCUAGCAGAAUUGCCAUGCUUAUAGUUUACACACCAGCAUUCCUUUAUGCUAUUGCAUCCUUUUGGCAGCUUCCGAAUGUUGGCCUUAGGUCAUUGUUGGUCAAGCCAGCUCUAACCUUGCAUUUUUUCAAGCGAAUCCUUGAGGUACUAUUUGUUCACAAAUAUAGUGGCGGGAUGGCUGUUGACACUGUGAUUAUUAUCACUCUUGGUUAUUUCACAACUACCUCAAUCACAAUUUAUGCUCUAAGCCUAACACAAGGAUUUCCUGAGCCACCAGUGGAUUUGAAGUAUCCUGGCGUUGUGUUAUUUUUGGUGGGAAUUGUUGGCAACUUCUACCACCACCACCUCCUUUCCUCGUUGAGAACGAAGAAUGACAACGGAUACAAGGUUCCCAAGGGUGGUCUAUUUGGUCUGGUUACAUGCCCCCACUACUUCUUUGAGAUUUUAAUUUUCUUGGGAAUAUCUUUCAUCUCUCAAACGUUGUACACUUUUGCCUCAACCAUAAGCACAAUAUGCUACUUGAUGGGAAGGAGUUAUGCUACUAGGAGAUGGUAUCUUACCAAAUUUGAUGAUUUUCCCAAGGAUGUCAAAGCUAUCAUUCCUUACGUUUUUUGAAUGUGUCAAACAUAGAAUUUUGAGUUGUCAACAGCUUUCACUUUGGAACUGUGACUUCGUGAUCUAUGUCAACUAAGGAUGUCACUUGUGGAAGUUGUGUUCUGUGAAAAGAGAACAAAAUGAUGUCACUUCUGACAAGUGAAUCAUAAUAUUGGCCAUUGUAAUGUCUCAAUAUACCACCUGUUUCUUGCUCAA